AUGUAGUAUAUCACUGCUUGAUUAGCGACUUAUCAGCUAUCUUUCACAACAGACUGCUUUCCUAACACGAAAAACCGCGUAUUAAAUUGUAUGUAUCAUAACCAGCACGUUUGGUCGGAUAUAUUGUCGGAGAAGCAGAGGCUGAUCUCAGUCCGUCUGGAGAACGGGACAACAUAUCCCACAAUCCAACGGUUUGUGUUGACACACUGCAAUGGCGGCUCCCUCUAUCAAUGUGAAGAGCGUGACAGAUUUGCUGAAUGACUCUCUAUCACAACUUGGAUUUGAAGUUCAUGCUCUAAAGAUCGGCUGGUAUAAUGCCGUGCUGUCGCCCCCCCUGCGGCUGGCCUACCCGGACGACACCCUGGCCGUGGUGGUGCUCAGCACCCCUGCUAUGUUUGAGCAAGCCUUCCUGCCCUUCAUGGAGAAGAGGAGCUGCCAGGGCCUGUCUGACCCCAUAGACCAGUGCGUCAAACACUACAUUAACUCCACUGUCUCACAGUGUUUCUCGGGGAUAAAUGUGGGUGUGAGUUAUGACUAUGAGAUGCUGCCCAGUAGGAAGCCCAAGUUCUUGGCCCAAACUGCUGCUCAUGUCUCUGGAGCAGCCUUCUACUACCGGCAGGCCGAUGUCCCAGAACAACCUUGGGCAGACAAAAAGAUGUUUGGAGUGUGUGUGCAUCCCAAGUUCGGGGGCUGGUUUGCUAUCAGAGCUCUUUUGGUGUUUGAAGGUGUGGAGGUGGGCUCUGAGAUGGUACAACCCGCCCCUCCUGACUGUGUGCCCUCCAGAGAGGCCAGGAUCCAGCUGCUGGAGGGCUUCAAUCUUCGGUGGCAGGACUGGAGCUACAGGAACAUCAUCCCUCCAGAGCAGACCUACUCCCAGAAACAGAGGGACUACUUUUCUACUCCUCCUGGCCAGCGCUCUGCUCUGCUCAAGUCCUGGGGCUUCCAGCUCACAGAGGACAAUGAGCCUCAACCCGAUUCUGACACACAGAGCAGAGUGAACGGACAUAGCUGAAAGAGGACAGCACAGGGUGGGAGUAUUGCCCCUCCUUCCUGUCCAUUCAUUUCUAUUGGUUGAACCCUGAUUGACCAGCUCUAUAUCAGGACUCAGGAUGGGAUUUUAAUCUAAUUUCACUGUAAUCCAAUUGCACUAACAUCUAUUACUGACAUUUUAUGGUACAUGACCCAGUUUGCCAACUGACGGUUCAGAAGUGUAUGGUCAUGAUGCCUUUCAUCUUGUGUUUUCUACUUUUAUGAACUCUAUCAUUUUUGCCUGUUUUAUUUAUGCAUUGAAAAGUUGGUCUUCUUCCAUUGUAAACCUUGUAAUUGUGAAAUGCCAACAUUGUUGAAUGCAAUUCCUGUUUGAGUCAAAUAUAUAAACAAAUAUGAAAUACUCCAACACAACUAAGAAAGAAUGAGAAAACGUAACAGCGCUGUUUCAUGUUUUUGAAGUGCCUGGAUUGCUUUCUUGUUUGAAGCACUCUGUUUUCCAAGAGCACCUGGCAUAUUUUUGAUGUGUGUUUGAUAAAGAACAACCAGUCACUUUUUUCUGUUUGCCAAUAUGAAAUAAUGUUUCAUAUUUAUCAAGUA